AUGAGGUUUGUGACAAUACCGCCUCCCUCUCUCCCCUUUCCUCCCCCCCACCACCUUCCUCUCUCCCCUUUCCUUCCCCUACCCCCACCUCCCUCUCUCCCCUUGCCUCUCCCCCACCACCUCCCUCUCUCCCCUUUCCUCCCCCCCACCACCUCCCUCUCUCCCCUUUCCUCCCCCCCACCACCUCCCUCUCUCCCCUUUCCUCCCCCUACCCCCACCUUCCUCUCUCCCCUUUCCUUCCCCUACCCCCACCUCCCUCUCUCCCCUUGCCUCUCCCCCACCACCUCCCUCUCUCCCCCUUCCUCUCCCCCGCCUCCCCCAUCACCUCCCUCUCUCCAAUUACCUCCCCCACCACCUCCCUCUCUCCCCUUUCCUCCCCCUACCCCCACCUUACCUCUCUCUUUGCCUCUCCCACCACCACCUUCCUCUCUCCCCCUUCCUCUCCCCCCCGCCUCCCCCAUCACCUCCCUCUCUCCAAUUACCUCCCCCACCACCUCCCUCUCUCCCUCUGCCACUCUCACCAUCACCUCCCUCUCUCCCCUUGCCUCCCCUCUUGGUUCUUCUCAAGCAAAGCCUGCACUGCGUGUUCACGUCAAGGACUCUCACAGAAGAAGAACAAAGGCAGAGGAAGAGGAAGAGGAAGAGGGAGAUGAAGAUGAAGAGGAAGAGGGAGAUGAAGCCAGAUACAACUGA